GCCCGAACAGACUGGUGGCAUCACAAGAGAUCAGACAGGUACAGGGGAGGCUGAAUAAGGAUUCUGUCAAUUACGGCACUAGGGUACAUGAGGCCGUAAUGGGGGCUUGUCAAACAUUGACCGUUUUGUUAACCAUACUGGUGACAAUUGAGCUUGCCACUACACCAACUGCUGCAGACAGUUGUGCAAUUCCAGCUCCACCCACCAGUGCGGCAUCUACAACUGCAACUACAGCAUCUACAGCAUUAACAACAACUGAAGGUUCACCUGCAACUACAGAAACGGCAACAUCAACAACAACUGAAGGUACAACUCCAACUACAGUACAUGAAGAAACUACAGCAUCAACAACAACAACUGAAUAUUCAACUACAGCUACAGCAUCGACAAAAACUGAAGGUACAACUACAACAACACUAUCUGAAGAAACAACAGCAACUACACCAUCAACAACAACUGAAGUUUCAAGUGCAACUACAGAAACAACAGCAACUGAAGGUUCAACUGCAACUACAGCAUCUGAAGCAAUUACAGCAUCAACAACAGUUGAAGGCUCAACUGCAACAAAUGCAGCUACAGCAUUAACAACAACUGAAGGUUCACCUGAAACUACAGAAACGACAGCAUCAACAACAACUGAAGGUACAACUACAGCUACAGCAUCAUCAACAACAGAAACUUCAACUGCAACUACAGAAACAACAGCAACUAUAGCAUCAACAACAGCUGAAGGUUCAACUGCAACUACAGUUUCUGAAGAAACUACAGUAUCAACAACAACUGAAGGUACAACAGUCACUACAGCACAAACAACAACUGAAGGUUCAACUGCAACUACGGAAACAACAGCAAGUACAGCAUCAACAACAACUGAAGGUACAACUGAAAUUGCAGAAACAACAGCAACUAAAGCAUCAACAACAACUGAAGGUUCACCUGCAACUACAGAAACAACAGCAACAACAGCAACAACAGCAACUACAGCAACUACAGCAUUAACAAUAACUGAAGGCUCAACUGCAACUACAGAAACGACAGCAACUACAGCAUCAACAACAACUGAAGGUACAACUGAAACCACAGAAACAACAGCAACCACAGCCUUAACAACAAUUGAAGGUACAACUGCAACAACAGCAGCUACAGCAUCAACAACAACUGAAGGUACAACGGCAACCACAGCCUUAACAACGAGUGAAGGUACAACAACAAUUACACCAUCAACAACUAGUGAAGGUUCAACUGAAACUACAGAAACAACAGCAACAACAGAAACAACAGCAACUAUAGAAAUGACAGCAACUACAGCAUCAACAACAACUGAAGGUACAACUGAAACUGCAGAAACAACAGCAACUACAGUAACAACAAUAGCUGAAGGUUCAACUGCAACUACAGAAACAACAGCAACCACAGCAUUAACAACAACUGAAGGUACAACUGCAACAAAUGCAGCUACAGCAUCAACAACAACUGAAGGUACAACGGCAACCACAGCCUUAACAACGACUGAAGGUACAACUGCAACUACAGAAACAACAGCAACUACAGCAAGUACAGCAAUAACAACAACUGAAGGUUCAACUGCAACUACAGAAACGACAGCAACUACACCAUCAACAACUACUGAAGGUACAACUGAAACUACAGAAACAACAGCAACUUCAGCAACAACAAUAGCUGAAGGUUCAACUGCAACUACAGAAACAACAGCAACCACAGCAUUAACAACAACUGAAGGUACCACGGCAACAACAGCCUUAACAACAACUGAAGGCACAACAGCAACUACACCAUUAACAACUACUGAAGGUACAACUGAAACUACAGAAACAACAGCAACUUCAGCUUCAACAACAACUGAAGGUUUAACAGCAACUACAGAAACGACAGAAACUACAGAAUCAACAACAACUGAAGGUACAACUGAAACUACAGAAACAACACCAACUUCAGCUUCAACAACAACUGAAGGUUUAACAGCAACUACAGAAAUGACAGCAACUACAGAAUCAACAACAACGGAAGGUACAACUGCAACUACAGCAGCUAUAGCCUCAACAACAACUGAAGGUACAACAGCAACCACAGCCUUAACAACAACUGAAGGUACAACUGCAACAAAUGCAGCUACAGCAUCAACAACAACUGAAGGUACCACGGCAACAACAGCCUUAGCAACAACUGAAGGCACAACAGCAACUACACCAUCAACAACUACUGAAGGUACAACUGAAACUACAGAAACAACAGCAACUUCAGCAACAACAAUAGCUGAAGGUUCAACUGCAACUACAGAAACAACAGCAACCACAGCAUUAACAACAACUGAAGGUACAAAGGCAACAACAGCCUUAACAACAACUGAAGGCACAACAGCAACUACACCAUCAACAACUACUGAAGGUACAACUGAAACUACAGAAACAACAGCAACUUCAGCUUCAACAACAACUGAAGGUUUAACAGAGACUACAGAAACGACAGCAACUACAGAAUCAACAACAACGGAAGGUACAACUGCAACAAAUGCAGCUACAGCAUCAACAACAACUGAAGGUAACACGGCAACAACAGCCUUAACAACAACUGAAGGCACAACAGCAACUACACCAUCAACAACUACUGAAGGUACAACUGAAACUACAGAAACAACAGCAACUUCAGCAACAACAAUAGCUGAAGGUUCAACUGCAACUACAGAAACAACAGCAACCACAGCAUUAACAACAACUGAAGGUACAACUGCAACAACAUCAGCUACAGCAUCAACAACAACUGAAGGUACAACGGCAACCACAGCCUUAACAACAACUGAAGGUUCAACUGAAACUACAGAAACAACUGCAACUACAGAAACAACAGCAACUACAGCAUUAACAACAACUGAAGGUACAACACAAACCACAGCCUCAACAACAACUGAAGGUACAACUGCAACAAAUGCAGCUACAGCAUCAACAACAACUGAAGGUACCACGGCAACAACAGCCUUAACAACAACUGAAGGCACAACAGCAAGUACACCAUCAACAACUACUGAAGGUACAACUGAAACUACAGAAACAACAGCAACUUCAGCUUCAACAACAACUGAAGGUUUAACUGCAACUACAGAAACGACAGCAACUACAGCCUCAACAACAACUGAAGGUACAACUGCAACAAAUGCAGCUACAGCAUCAACAACAACUGAAGGUACCACGGCAACAACAGCCUUAACAACAACUGAAGGCACAACAGCAACUACACCAUCAACAACUACUGAAGGUACAACUGAAACUACAGAAACAACAGCAACUUCAGCAACAACAAUAGCUGAAGGUUCAACUGCAACUACAGAAACAACAGCAACCACAGCAUUAACAACAACUGAAGGUACCACGGCAACAACAGCCUUAACAACAACUGAAGGCACAACAGCAACUACACCAUCAACAACUACUGAAGGUACAACUGAAACUACAGAAACAACAGCAACUUCAGCUUCAACAACAACUGAAGGUUUAACAGAGACUACAGAAACGACAGCAACUACAGAAUCAACAACAACGGAAGGUACAACUGCAACAAAUGCAGCUACAGCAUCAACAACAACUGAAGGUAACACGGCAACAACAGCCUUAACAACAACUGAAGGCACAACAGCAACUACACCAUCAACAACUACUGAAGGUACAACUGAAACUACAGAAACAACAGCAACUUCAGCAACAACAAUAGCUGAAGGUUCAACUGCAACUACAGAAACAACAGCAACCACAGCAUUAACAACAACUGAAGGUACCACGGCAACAACAGCCUUAACAACAACUGAAGGCACAACAGCAACUACACCAUCAACAACUACUGAAGGUACAACUGAAACUACAGAAACAACAGCAACUUCAGCUUCAACAACAACUGAAGGUUUAACUGCAACUACAGAAACGACAGCAACUACAGAAUCAACAACAACGGAAGGUACAACUGCAACUACAGCAGCUACAGCAUCAACAACAAGUGAAGGUACAACAGCAACCACAGCCUUAACAACAACUAAAGGUACAACAGCAACUACACCAUCAACAACUCCUGAAGGUACAACUGCAACUACAGAAACCACAGCAACUACAGAAACAACAACAACUGAAGGUUCAAUGGCAACCACAGCAUUAACAACAACUGAAGGUUCAACUGCAACUACAGAAACAAAGGCAACAACAGUUUCUGAAGCAACUACAGCAUCACCAACAACUGAAGGUUCAACUGCAACUACAGCAUCAACAACAACUGAAGUUUCAACUGAAACUGCAGAAACAACAGCAAGUACAGCAUCAACAACAACUGAAGGUUCAACUGCAACUACUGAAACAACAGCAACUGCAGCAUCAACAACAACGGAAGGUACAACUGCAACUCCAACAGCUACAGCAUCAACAACAAGUGAAGGUACAACAGCAACCACAGCCUUAACAACAACUGAAGGCACAACAGCAACCACACCAUCAAAAACCACUGAAGGUACAACAGCCACUACAGAAUCAACAACAACUGAAGAUUCAACAGCAACUGCAGAAACAACAAUAACUACAUAUUCAACAACAACUGAAGGUUCAACUGCAACUACAGCAGCUACAGCAUCAACAACAAGUGAAAGUACAACAGCAACCACAGCCUUGACAACAACUGAAGGUACAACAGCAACUACAGCAUCAAGAACUACUGAAGGUACAACUGAAACUACAGAAAGAACAGCAACUAUAGCAUCAACGACAAGUGAAGGUUCAACUGCAACUACAGAAACAACAGCAACUACAGAAACAACAGCAACUACAGAAACAACAACAGCUGAAGGUACAACGGCAACAUCAGCAUUAACAACAACUGAAGGAUCAAGUGCAACUACAGCAUCAACAACAACUGAAGGUACAACGGCAACAUCAGCAUUAACAACAACUGAAGGUUCAACUGCAACUACAGCAUCAACAACAACUGAAGGUACAACAGUCACUACAGCACAAACAACAACUGAAGUUUCAACUGAAACUGCAGAAACAACAGCAAGUACAGCAUCAACAACAACUGAAGGUUCAACUGCAACUACAGAAACAACAGUGACUACAGCAUUAACAACAACUGAAGGUUCAAAUGCAACUAUAGAAACAACAGCAACUGCAGCAUCAACAACAACUGAAGGUACAGCUGAAACUGCAGAAACAACAGCAAAAACAGCAUCAACAACUACUGAAGGUUCAACUGCAACUACAGAAACAACAGCAACUACAGCAUUAACAACAACUGAAGGUACAACAGAAAACACAGCCUUAACAACAACUGAAGGUACAACUGCAACCACAGCCUUAACAACAACUGAAGGCACAACAGCAACUACACCAUCAACAACUACUGAAGGUACAACUGAAACUACAGAAACAACAGCAACUUCAGCAUCAACAACAACUGGAGGUUCAACUGCAACUACAGAAACAACAGCAACUACAGCAUUAACAACAACUGAUGGUACAACAGAAACCACAGCCUCAACAACAACUGAAGGUACAACUGCAACCACAGCCUUAACAACAACUGAGGGCACAACAGCAACUAGACCAUCAACAACAACUUUAGGUUCAACUGCAACUACAGAAACAAAGGCAACAACAGUUUCUGAAGCAACUACAGAAUCAACAACAACGGAAGGUUUCAAGUGCAACUACAGCAACAACAACGGCUACAACAACAGUAGCAGCAACAACAACAACAAAGCCUACAACAACAGCAGCUGCAACAACAACAACAACAAACCCAACAACAACAACACCAGCAGCAUCAACAACAACAAAGCCAACAGCAACAACAACUACAGCAGCUCCAACAAAAAUAACAAACCCAACAACAACAGCAACAACAACAACAGCAAAUCCAACAACAACAGCAUCAACAACAACAACAACGACAGCAGCUGCAACAACAACAACAACAACAAACCCAACAACAGCAGCAACAACAAUAGCAACAACAACAGCAAAUCCAACAACAACAACACCAGCAGCAUCAACAACAACAAAGCCAACAGCAACAACAACUACAGCAGCUCCAACAAAAAUAACAAACCCAACAACAACAGCAACAACAACAAUAGCAACAACAACAGCAAAUCCAACAACAACAGCAGCAUCAACAACAACAAAGCCAACAGCAACAACAACGACAGCAGCUGCAACAAAAACAACAAACCCAACAACAACCGCAACAACAAUAGUAACAACAACAGCAAAUCCAACAACAACAGCAGCAACGUCAGCAACAACAAAGCCAACAACAACAGCAGCAACAUCAACAAAACCAACAACAACAGGAACAAUAAUAACAACAACAACGCCAACAACAACAACAACAGCAAAGCCAACAACAACAGCAGCAACGCCAGCAACAACAAAGCCAACAACAACAGCAGCAGCAUCAACAAAACCAACAACAACAGGAACAAUAAUAACAACAACAACGCCAACAACAACAACAACAGCAAAGCCAACAACAGCAGCAACAUCAACAAAACCAACAACAACAGCAACAAUAAUAACAACAACAACGCCAACAACAACAGCAGCAACGUCAACAACAACAAAGCCAACAACAACAGCAGCAACAUCAACAAAACCAACAACAACAGGAACAAUAAUAACAACAACAACGCCAACAACAACAACAGCAAAGCCAACAACAACAGCAGUAACAUCAACAAAACCAACAACAACAGCAACAAUAAUAACAACAACAAAGCCAACAACAACAGCAACAACAACAACAACAACAAAGCCAACAACAGCAAAGCCAACAACAACAGCAGCAACAUCAACAAAACCAACAACAACAGCAACAAUAAUAACAACAACAAAGCCAACAACAACAAAGCCAACAACAAAGCCAACAACAACGGCAACAACAACGACAACAACAGCAGUGCCGGUUGUUCGUGCACCAGUUGUCGUUAUUGCAGCAGUUUUGGUUACACCCUUUGUGCCUCAACUCGAAGAUAAAACCAGUCCACAAUUUCAGGCACUUGCAGCACAAGUGGUUAUAGUGUAUGAAUUCAUCUAUAGAGCUCGAUAUGGUUUAUUCUUCAGCCGUGUCAUUGUCGUAGCAUUUAGACAAGCUGGGACCAGAACACGAGCAUCUGAUACUGAAGCAGAAGUCGAGGUUGUGUUUAACAACACCAUAACACCUGCAGAAAUCCCAGAGGCUAAAGAUGUUCAACAAACGUUAGUCACAGCUGUGUCGAAUCCCA